AUGCAGCAGUCUGGAAGGUCCAAUCUUGCGCAGGCCAUCCGUGACUUGCGAGGAACAUCUGGUGUUCUCUCAGGGCUUUGGAGAGGCACCGUUCCAUCAGCCCUCCGGACUGGGCUCGGCUCAGCGGUGUAUUUUACCACGCUCAAUGCCAUGCGGCAAGAAGCUGCCAAGUCCACCAUUUUCGGGCGCCGUAACUCGCCAACUUCCGGUUCAUCGGCGUUGCCUACCUUAAGCAACUCAGCCAAUCUCGUGUCGGGCGCAGCAGCUCGUACUUUUGCGGGUUUCAUUCUCAUGCCGCUCACAGUCAUCAAGGUCCGAUUCGAAUCUACCUACUACAAUUACACCACAGUAUGGGCAGCAGCGAAUGGCAUCCGACAAGCAGAUGGCUUCCGAGGUUUCUUUUCGGGAUUCGGAGCAACGGCCUUGCGCGACGCACCCUAUGCUGGCACCUAUGUUCUGGUCUAUGAGCUGCUCAAACCUAGGCUCGGGCGUCUGCUCCAUAGUCCGACCCGGGAUAGUUCUGAGCCGACCGCUAUGCGCGCCUCCGUAUCAGGCUCUGUCAACUUCGCUUCCGCAACAUUAGCAGCUGGGAUUUGCUCCGCCCUUUCCAACCCCUUUGAUGCAGUCAAGACGCGGAUCCAGCUUCAGCCGCAAAAGUACAAGAACCUCAUUCAUGCUGCACAAAAAAUGUUUGCCGAGGAUGGCUUCCGUUCAUUUUUCGAUGGGCUGGCCCUCCGUAUGAGUCGGAAGGCUAUGAGCUCCGCGCUGGCGUGGACUGUGUAUGAAGAACUGAUACGAAGAUCAGGCAUCUUGUAA